GGUCCGUCCCCUCCCGCCCCCGCCCGCCGCUCCCGUCCCGGCCCUUUCUGGGCCGUCUCCAACUUCCCGGCCGGGGCGCGGCGGCGGCGGCAGCGCGGGGCUGCGGGCGGGCGGGCGCUCUCCGCUCCCAGUCCCUGCGCUCCAUCCCGGUCCCUCCGCUCCGGCCCCUCCGCUCCCAGCGGCGGAUGGCGGCGGGGGCUGCGCGGGGCCGGGCGGCGGCGGGGCCCCCCCGGCGCUCAAAGCCGCGGCCCGGCCCGGAGCGGGGAGCGGGCGGGCGGCGCGGCCCGGCCCGGCGGUAGCGGAACGCGGAGCCGGCGGCAGGUCGCCAUGGCCGACCCAAGCCACAUCCAGUCAGCCGCCUCCAAGAGCAUCCGUCCCUUCCGCUCCAGCGAGGAGUACCUGGAGGCCAUGAAGGAGGACCUGGCCGAGUGGUUCAACACCCUCUAUGACCUGGACAUCCAGGUGGACACCUUCCUGGAGAGCCUGGAGACGGGCUGCCACCUCUGCCGACACGCCAACAACGUCAACCGUAUCGCCAUGGACUUCCAGCAGCAGCACCCCGAGGUGGCCGCCCGUAUGCGUGUCCCCCAGAACGAGGUCAUCUUCCAAGCCAAGAACGUGGUGCCUGGUUCCUUCAUCGCCCGGGAUAAUGUCUCCAACUUCAUCCAGUGGUGUCGGCAGGACCUUGGCAUCCAGGACGUCCUCAUGUUCGAGACCAAUGACUUGGUGCUGAAGAAGAAUGAGAAGAACUUUGUCCUCUGCUUGUUGGAGGUGGCCAGGAGGGGCUCCAAGUUUGGCAUGCUGGCCCCCAUGCUGAUCCAGAUGGAGGAGGAGAUCGAGGAGGAGAUGAGGGACCAAAUGGCCUACGGCGUGCUGGGCACGCGCCAGGAGAGCCGGGACCCCCCGGUGCCUGCCUACCCCGGCAGGACCCGGCCCAUCGCCCUGUGCGACCUGAAGAACCUGGAUGAGCUGGUGCGGGAGAUCCUGGGCUGCUGCUCCUGCCCCUCCCAGUUCCCCAUGGUCAAGGUCUCCGAGGGUAAAUACAAAGUGGGCGACUCCAGCACCCUCAUCUUCGUCAGAGUGCUGAGGAGCCACGUGAUGGUGCGCGUCGGUGGUGGCUGGGACACACUGGAACAUUACCUGGACAAGCACGACCCGUGCCGCUGCUCCUCUCUCUCUCACCGCCUGCCCCAGCCUCGCACCCCAGGCUUCUCCCCGCAAAAAACAGCUCCCGGCAGCUUCUCCCCCGCACCCCGCACCCGCAGCCCCAGCACCCCCCGCCGCUCCCGUGCAACUGGCCACCUCUCGGGCGGGGGGGACAGCAGCCACACCAGGACGGAGCGGGGUGGCCAUCAGCCGAAGGGUGUCGGGGACACGGGCAUCCCGAAGCCACCGUCCGGUGCCAAGCAGGAGGGUUUGCCCCCACGGGGGGGCCUGACCUCCCUGCCUGGCUCUGCCAGCCCUUCAAGGAGCCCCGCUGAGCCACGGGCAGCCGGCACGCUCAGGCCCCGCGACCCCGUUCCCGCCCGCUCCCGCCGCUGCUCCGGUGACAGCGACUCCUCAGCCUCCUCCGUGCAGAGCGGCCCCCCGGCUCCGCGGGAUGGGGGCACCCCCCGCCGCCGAGACCCCAACCGGGGGUUGCCCCAACAGCCGCCCCGCGAUGCCGGAUCCUCCCCGGGUGCGAGAACGGUUCCGGAGGAGCGGGGUCGCUCACGGGUACCCAACGGCCCUGGCCGUACCCCACCGCGGCCCCGCAGCCAUGGUCGCCCCGGUCCCCAGCCCCUGCUGCUCAUCAGCCGCCGGCGGGACGGGCAGCACUCCUGGGCGCGGGCAGAGACCCCCUCCCGGCCCGGCAGUCCUGCCCGCAGCCGGACCCCCUCCCGCCCGGCCGCCCGUAGCCCUGCGGCCACCCCACGCCGCUUGUCCCUGGAGGAAGGUGUUGGGGGACGGCGGGCGGGGGCGCCCGGGGAAGCCCCCCAUGGCGGAGAGGCCGAGGAGGCCUUGACCUUGCAGCGGGAGCUGGAGGAGCUGGCGCGGCGGCUGCGGGCCCCGUUGAGGCUGGAGCCCGGCCAGGAGCAGCAGCUCUUCCGUCGGCUGGAGGAGGAAUUCCUGGCCAACACGCGGAUGAUGGAGGAGCUGGAGGACGGGGAGACCCCCACCGUGCCCCCACCGCCACCCCACGGCACCGCCGCCGACUCGGCCUACUGCUCCUCCAGCUCCUCCUCGUCCUCUCUCAACAUCUUUGGCAAGCACAGCCUCCCCGCUGAGGACGGCCGGCGGAGCGGGAACGGGGUCGGUCCCCCGCCGUCGGCAGCCCCUGAAAUGGCGGACACGAGGCGCCGGCCGGCCCUCUCCAGCUCCUCCGACGAGAGCAGCUGCUUCCCGGCCUCCUGGGACGCCCGGGAGACACGGGGGGGCCCCGAGUCUGACACCGACUGGGCACCGGGGGAGGACGAGCUGACGGAGACGGAGGAGACCCCGGCCAUGGCGGACGGCCCCCCGGGGAUCCCCGAUCCGGUGCCUUCCCUCCCUAUGCCAUCCCCACACCCCUUGGCCAAGCCCCGGCUGGACACGCAGCCCCACAAGAAGCCCUCCAGGAUCCCCACCCCACGGGGCUAUGGGGCGGCCCCCUGGCCCUCCACCGGCAUCCCCAAGCCCUGGGGGGCUCUGCAGAGCGUCCUCUCCUCCUUCCUGGAGCCCGCCCAGGUCCCGCGGGAGCACGAGGGGCUGGAGGAGGACGCCUGGCCAUGAGACACCCAGCUUGGUGGCCACAGGUGGCAGGCAGGAUGGGGAGAAGCCCCCAGCACUCGCCCCCGGCCACCCCUGGGGACAUCACGGAGCUGCCGCUGGUGAUGGCACCUGGAUGGAGAAGCCCCGGCCGGGCAAUGGCCACGGACCCGGGGUGGCCGGGCAGCCGGGAGUCCUGCGCUUGGGGACUGUUGGCAGUUGGGGUGGGCUCUGCAAGGAUCCCCCGGCUCCAGCCCAGUGCGAAGGGCCCAGACGCACCCCGGUCCCGUGGGGAGCAGCUCCGUGGGGGUGGCUGGAGCAGAGGGCCCCCAGGAAGAGGGUUGCAUAGCAACCAGCUCUUCUCUUCCUCUUCCUGUUCUUCUCUUUUUGUCAUCCUCUCGUUUUUCUCAUCUUCUUGGCCUUCUCCUCCUCUUUACAUCAUCUUCCCUUUCUUCUCCUUCUCCCCCUUCUUCGCCUUCUCUUGUCCUCUUCAUGUCCUCCUCUUCUCCUCACUUCCUCUCCACGUCUAAGAUGACUCGGGGACAUGCAGCUGUAUUUUGGGGGGGAAGGGGUGUUGCUUGUUCCUCCCCAGCCGACCGCAGCAGUGUCUGUGGGGUGUGCUGGUGGCCGUGAGGUGGGAUGGGGCUGUGCACCGAGCCCCCCACCCAGGCUGCUGUGACCCCCACCCCUCCAGCAUACCCCCCCCAUGCCAGUAAAGACCAAUGGAGCUGAA